UGCAUCCCAUUCCUGCUUUUAAGAGCUGCGAGGCAAAGGCGAGCCUGCAUUGAACGGGUGGCGGGGGACGCAGUGAUUUAUACUGUUGGCUUUUAAUUCCAAAGUGGCAUCAGGGAAGCAAAAAUGGCAGGGGCAAUUAUUGAAAAUAUGAGCACUAAGAAGUUGGUCAUUGUUGGAGUUAUUUUACUCAUUUUCCAAGUGCUCUCCUUUCUAGUCGGAGGAUUGAUUGCUCCAAGUCCCACCACUGCAAUUCCUUAUACGGCUACCAAAUGUGUGGAUAUCCGAAAAUAUCACCAGAAAUGGCUCAUGCCCGGGGGACGUAACCCGUGUGAAAAGAUUCAGGAUUUCAAAGAGGCCACAGAAAGACAUAUUGAAGCCAAUGACAUUGUAUUUGCAGUUCACAUUCCAAAGCCUGACUUGGAGAUGAGUUCAUGGUUCCAGUUCAUGCUCUUUGUCCUCCAGUUUGAGAUUGUCUUUAAACUUGCCAACCAAAUUGAUGAAGCAGGAGUAGUCACAAUUGAUGCUUCCCUGGCUUACAGAGAUGAUAUUGUCAGUGAAUGGACACCAAUGGCACAUUCUAAAGAACAGCGCAAACUAAACUGUGUUUUCCCAGCUAAUAAGACCAAGAAAAAUGAGGGUCUUCCCUAUGAUUGCGAUUUGUUGCCGUUUAUGGAAGUGGGAACUGUUGCCCAUAAGUAUUAUCUUGUGAAUAUUCGCCUUCCUGUGAAUGAACGAAAGAAAAUCAAUAUUGGAAUUGGUGAAAUAAAGGAUAUUGGUCUUGUGAGUAUUCAUCAGAAUGGCGGUUUUACAAAAGUGUGGUUUGCUAUGAAAACUUUUCUUACUCCCAGCAUCCUCAUCAUUAUGAUCUGGUAUUGGAGGCGAAUUACUCUGAUGACUCGACCACCUGUCCUGCUUGAAAAGGUGAUCUUUGCACUUGGCCUUUCAAUGACAUUUAUCAACAUUCCAGUGGAGUGGUUUUCUAUUGGCUUCAAUUGGACCUGGAUGCUUCUCUUUGGGGAUAUUCGACAAGGAAUAUUCUAUUCUAUGCUGCUGUCCUUUUGGAUCAUCUUCUGUGGAGAGCAUUUAAUGGAUCAAACAGAAAGGAAUAAAUUUUCUGUAUACUGGAAACAAGUUGGGCCAAUUGUCUUUGGCUCCUUCUGUCUCUUCAUUUUUGACAUGUGUGAAAGGGGAGUGCAGCUAACAAAUCCUUUCUACAGCAUCUGGGCAUCAGAUGUUGGCACUGAGCUAGCUAUGGCUUUCAUUAUUGUAGCAGGUAUCUGUGCUUGCUUGUACUUUUUGUUUCUUUGCUUUAUGGUGUUCCAAGUAUUUAGGAACAUCAGUGGAAAAAAAAGCUCCCUUCCAGCCAUGUCUAAGGCCAGACGUCUUCAUUAUGAGGGUCUGAUUUUUCGGUUCAAGUUUCUGAUGUUGGUCACUUUGGCUUGUGCAGCUUUGACUGUCAUUUUCUUCAUUAUCAGCCAGGUCAGUGAAGGUCAUUGGCAUUGGGGUGGACACACUGUGCAGGUGAACAGUGCCUUUUUCACUGGUAUAUAUGGAAUGUGGAACUUGUAUGUGUUUGCCAUCAUGUUUCUUUACGCACCUUCACAUAAACGCUAUGGAGAUGAACAAUCAAAUGAUCUCCUACACAGGGAGGACAUACAGUUAACCACUACCAUCACUCAUGUUGAUGGUCCAACAGAAAUCUAUAGGAUGUCCGGCAAAGAGGCACAAGAGUAACCAGGCAAACUGGCACUAGUCUGCAUGCUUGCUCAGUCUGUCGCAUGCAUUGAUACACCCAAUCCUCCUCCCACCCCCCAAAUCGCUAACAGGGCCACUGUCAACAUCCCUGUUCUGCUCAUUUUGAAGAACUUCAUGCAGACAAACAUUGAGCAGACUGGACCAAGUAAGACAUGUUUUGGAGAUUUUUGCAGACUCCACCUCAACCCCGAUUCAGUCAUUCUUGCCUACUUGUUUCAGACAGCUGAUUUUUCUCCUUCCUUCAGCACAUCUUUAUUUGAGAUGAAACGUGAUUGAAUUACCGAUCCAUUUGUAUUGAGUCAUCUAACAAUGGCAGGCAAGGAUGUGGAGUAAAAAUCAUUUCCCUUUUCAAGCAUGAAAUUCUCUUAACGUAUGGAAUUCUGCUCAUGUAUCAAACUAUUCAAAAUGGAGCCCUUACUACACCUUGAUUACUGUUUGUAUGUUUGACUAGAGAGCUGCAUCUUUAAUCCUAAGAGUGCACUUUUUUCUGUUAAUAUAUGCAGUGCAAUGUGUAUGAUGGGAAAGCAGAUUUUUGUCCAUUUUUACCACUCUGUACAAAGCACCAAACAAGACGUCUGCACCUUCCAAUGCUGCAAAAGUAAUUCCCUUUAAAAAUGUUCAACACGGUACUUCAUGGUAAGCUUUGUGAAAGUGUUCUGCAUGAGGGGUGUUGGACC